GUUGCGGAUUGGUACCGAAUCCAGAUUUUAGAACCUAUCGGGAAAUGCGUAUCGAAAGUUCGAAGGCAAGCGGUUACCUUGUCGUCUGAAUUAGCACUUCAAGUGGCAGUAGUAGGUGAUAGCGCAGGUCUAGUCGAGGACGUCAAAAGGUUUCUCAAAACCCCUAUUCGUGACAUUUUUCCAAGCGAUCCGACAAUAGUUUUCCAGGAUCGCAUUGGGCACAUAGUGGAGAUGGGCGUCAGUAAAGAAGAAGGCAUCACUAAAAAAGAGGGCGUCAGCAAAAAAGAGACCGCCACUAAAUUGGAAACCGAUCUUCAUGCAUUAGUCGGAGCAGGAAGUGGAAGCAAAAAUCCAAUUGCAGGUGGUCCGCCCACCCUGGCGCAACAUUUGUCACGCAACUACAACAGUGAUGAGCUUGGCAGCAUACGGGCAUUUGGGGAAUGGUUUAUGUUGAAUAGGUUUGUUAAGGCUUCUUUUCGUAACGAUCCAUCGGCAGGAGCAUCUUGAUUUAGUACUGUCAAACCCUCCUGUGCUGAUGCCUGAGUGUCCUUUAAGGAAGUGGCUUUUGAAGCUGCCCCAUAGUAACUAAGGGGAAAGAAGAACCAAGAACAAGAUGCAUCUCAAGAUGGACUUUUCGAGAAAGCUCGAAGUUUGCAACGGGCUUUGUUCGUACAGCUGGAAAGCCAGGAUCCUACUUCUCGCAGACUGCAGCCCUCGAAAGGCCUCUAGGAAAGGAAAUCCGUGUGAACAACGAGAAAGCAGAGAAAAGGGAUUGCCAAUUGUCCAUGUGCGUCUCCGUUGCUUGGGACCUUCUGGUUGGGCUACUGGCUUUUCUCGAUGAUGAUCCAUCUGGUCGUCAGGAAGAAGGGUUGAGCAAAGACGAGAUGGCAAGCAAGCCUGGUCAACAGUACGACUUCCAUGGUCCUCAACAUCGUGUUUUUAAUAUUGCAAAGGGAAAGGAGGAGGAGCUUGACGUCGAUGUGGAAGAGGGUGCUGUUCCAACAGGUUCGAAAACGCCACUUGCCAGCAGUUCCAUUUGUGACGCAGCUCAUCAUUCGCCAUUUACCAUGAAAGUCACAACAGAAGCGUCCCUUGCUAAGUGGUCUAGAUCGGCAGACGAGGACAGCGUGAAAAAUAGAGAAGACGAUGAUAUUAAAAGUUCUUGUCCAAAAAUAUUAGAUACUGGACGUGUACGAAAUUCAGCGUCACUGAAGAACGCGAACACGACUGGACCAGCGGCUCUUUCAGCUGAGCCCUCUGUUGUCGCAUUUUCUCGUCGUGAUGUGGUGGAAGGCAUCCGAGAUACAACAAGGUGCAGCAACAGUACGGCGAAAAGAACAUCACGUGGGAGCAAGACGGCUAAGAAGACAAGCGUUGAACAAAGGGUAAGCUUCUUGUAUAAGAGUCGUUUUGCUCAGUUGAAUUUCACGGAAAUACUUGGGGACAGUACUGAAGAAAAGAUGAGAGGUGCCCCGCCGUCUAUUUUGGAGUAUAUUCUCAAGCAACUACGUUGGCGCGCACCACAUCAUGCACGCUAUAAAGAGCGUGAUGUAGUUUCCUGCGAAAAAAAGUGGCGACGGAAGGACCUUGCCAAGAUAUCGAAUGGAGCAGCAAAUGCUGAUUUGAAUUUCUUUGAGAGGGCGGCGUUACACUUUUCGGAAAUUCUGCAUCUUUAUCGAGAAGAAGAGGAGUCUGGACCUGGAGAAGCUCUUCCUUCUCAAAAAAGCUUUGCUUCAGAAGCAACCUCCUCAGACAAAGGACAGUCAAGUAUCAGUACAGGACUUGAGAGUACUAACUUUUAG